AUGGGUCUAAAAAUAAUGUCGACGAAGAUCAAAGGAGAGCAUCAUCAUUACCCUAGAAGCUUCGUAUCGAAGAAAUGGACAUUUCUACUCUGCUUUGCGAGUUUUUGCUUCGGUAUAUUCUUCACCGAUAGGAUGUGGAAUAUUCCCGAGUCUAAAGACAUGGCUCGACCAUCAUCAGUAACAGAAGCUGAGAGGUUGAAGCUAAUCUCCGAAGGCUGUGAUCCCAAAACCGUGAGUCCGAUGUGUUUGUCCGAUCCAUUUCAGUACACUUUUGGUCUGAGUUUCAAGAAGAUUUCUGAACUCUACCAGAAAGAAGUAAAACGCGAUCCCCAGGCUUUGUUUGGAGAAGUCUCCAAGACUCAUAACGCUAUACAGACAUUGGAUAAGACCAUUUCGAGCUUAGAGAUGGAGUUAGCCGCGGCAAGAACGGCUCAGGAGUCUUUAACGAACGGUGCUCCUUUAUCGAAUGAUGUGGAGAAGAAGCAAUUACCGGGGAAAAGAAGCCGAAAGAGAAGAGACUCUAUUCGGACAACUUGGAUGCCUCAAGGUGAAAAAAGAAAGAAGUUGGAAGAAGAGAAGGGAAUUAUAAUCCGGUUUGUGAUUGGUCAUAGUGCCACAGCUGGGGGAAUUCUAGACCGGUCCAUUGAAGCAGAGGACAGGAAGCAUGGAGAUAUCUUGAGAUUGGACCAUGUUGAAGGAUACCUUGAGUUAUCAGGCAAAACAAAAACAUAUUUUACUACAGCGGUUUCAAUGUGGGAUGCAGAUUUCUACGUCAAAGUAGAUGAUGAUGUUCAUGUAAAUAUCGCAACUCUUGGGGAAACUCUUGUUAGACACAGGAAGAAACAUCGAGUCUAUAUCGGCUGCAUGAAGUCUGGUCCAGUCCUAUCCCAAAAAGGAGUUAGAUAUCAUGAGCCCGAGUAUUGGAAAUUUGGUGAGAACGGGAACAAGUACUUCCGUCACGCUACUGGACAGUUAUACGCCAUUUCAAGAGACUUGGCUUCUUAUAUCUCCAUUAAUCAGCAUGUUCUGCACAAGUAUGCAAAUGAGGAUGUUACAUUAGGUGCUUGGUUUAUCGGGCUUGAUGUCACUCAUAUCGAUGAUAGAAGGCUAUGUUGCGGCACUCCUCCUGAUUGUGAAUGGAAGGCACAAGCGGGGAACAUAUGUGUAGCUUCAUUCGACUGGACCUGUAGUGGUAUCUGCAGAUCCGCUGAUCGCAUUAAGGAGGUUCAUAAACGAUGUGGUGAACCGGAAAACGCUAUUUGGAAAGCUACGUUUUGA